AUGAGUCUGACCACAGCCGCACUAGUCAUUAUAGACCUGCAGAAUGAUUUUCUUGCCCCCGACGCGCCAUUCGCGGUUCACCCAGAGCCCCGAGAAGCCAUACAACAGAGUAUCUCGUCUCUCGUGCCAACAUUCCGCACGGCCGGGGGACAUAUCAUCUGGAUCAAAUCGAAUUAUCAGCAUGGGAUGCCCUCGGGAGAAUUAGAGAGCGUGGAGCCAGAACCGUCGAGGACGUCUCACAGCGUUCAGCCUUUGGUAUCCAUACCAUCCAGUCUACUUUGGGUCCUAGAAGGAACUCAUACUGGGAAGAAACCAUGUUGUCAAGCAGGCACACCUGGUGCAGAGCUCGUCGACUGGGCAGCUCAGCUGGUGAAAGACGAAGAUGUGACUGUCGUCAAGACAUACUAUUCGGCAUUCCGAAGGACACGCCUCCUAGAAGAGCUUGUAUCCAAGGGGAUUGAUACCGUGUAUAUAUCCGGGCUCCUGAGUAAUAUGUGCGUACUCGCCACAACACUCGACGCCUUGCGUAGUAUGCAGUCAAAGGUAGCAAUUGUCGUUGAUGGAUUGGCGUGGAGGAAAGAAACUUCCCAUCACAAAGCCCUAGAGACGUUUCGGCAACAUGGUGUUCAACUAAUUGCGAGCGCGGAGAUUCCGCAAGCUGUAAGAGAGUGCUAG